GUCAAAAGUAAGCGACCACAACACAUUGGGCUUAGGGUCCAGAAUAGUCUUACUGCUGUACGAAACAUUUCACUGAGGGCCUAAACCUUUAUGAUGCCUUACCACUGUGUGGCCUAUGGAUGCGGCAAAACUGCAGAAGAUGAUGUGACGCUGUUUAAAUUCCCCAAGGACCAAGACGAGUUUUGCAAAUGGGAGAAGCAGGUCCAGCGCACCCGGAGCCAAUGGGUCGCCACGCCCCACUCCCACCUGUGCAGCGAGCACUUUGGGAGGGACUACUUUGAGCCCAAACUCCCCUCUGGAGCUCUGAAACUGAAAACUGGAGCCGCUCCGACAAUAUUCAUCCGUCCAAGAUGUUCCUCCUGCAGCGGCGUGGGAUGCAUUCACUGCCUGCCUGCCAUCCAACGCCGGGGCAUUACUGCAGAACCGAGAGAGCGCACAAGUGGAGAACAUAUUGAAAUUGCGCCCGUUCAGUCUGAUGAAAGCACGGGAGAAAGUGACGAAGAGCAGCCGACAAGAGGAGGGAUGAUGCCGGGAGAGAAAAGUGAAGAACAGACAGUGGUGUGUGAGAUGUGCGGCACCACCGGCGACUUAAACACCUUCUUCUCCAAGACGAAGCGAUUCUGCAGUUUGUCUUGUUCACGUUCGUAUUCAUCAAACUCCAAGAAGACCUCCAUACUGGCUCGACUGCAGGGAAAGCCCCCCACAAAAAAAGCCACGGUGCUGAACAAAGUGAACAAAGCCCCAGCACAGGAGGCAUCUCCUGCAGGUUUUGAAUGGGGAGCCUACCUGGAGAAGGAGACGGCUCUCGCUGCUGCCGUUUCCUGCUUCAGACACGCUCCCCUGUGUGCUCAGUGGGACGACAUCUCUCUGGGGAUGAAGGUGGAGGUCCUGAACACAAACGCUGUCCUGCCCAGUAAAGUCUACUGGAUCGCUUCUGUCAUCCAGAUCGCAGGAUAUAAAGCACUGUUGAGGUACGAAGGCUUUGAGGAAGACAGCAGCCAUGAUUUUUGGUGCAGCCUGGUUUCUGCAGAGCUGAACCCGAUCGGAUGGUGCGCCAUGACGAGCAAACUGCUGGUGCCCCCACAAGACGUGAAGCAGCACAUCCCAGAUUGGAAAGAGUAUCUGAUGAAGACGCUGGUGGGGAACCACACAUUACCUGUGGACUUCUACCUGAAGUUGGGAGAGAGCAUGCGGACCUCCUUCAGAGUCGGGAUGCGGGUGGAGGUGGUCGACCCGAAGCAUGUGAGUCGGACUCGAUUGGCGGCGGUCCACUCGAUCAGAGGGGGCCGUCUGCGGCUGGUUUACGAGGACCAGAGCGAUGCACCCGAAAACAUCGUUGACGACUUCUGGUGCCACCUGGCGAGUGCUCUGCUGCACCAGAUCGGCUGGUCCCAGCAGGUCGGACACAACAUCAAAGCACCAGUAACCACUACGGGACCUGCUUCCAAGUCCUUCAGAGGGAACUAUGACAGUUCAUUCGUGCUCUUUAAAAAGCCGAGGUUUGUCUACAUGGAGGGAUGUUACUUUGAGGAGGGGAUGAAGCUGGAGGCCAUCGAUCCGCUCAACCUGGGCAGCAUCUGUGUGGCCACCAUUCAGAAGGUGCUGUUAGACGGUUACCUGAUGGUCGGGAUCGAUGGCGUCUCGUCUAACGGCUACGACUGGUUCUGUUACCACGCCUCGUCUCACGCCAUCCUUCCUGUUGACUUCUGCAAGAAGAACAACAUCCCUCUCACGGUGCCUCCAGAUUAUGACUCUCAGAUCUUCACCUGGGAGGAAUACCUGAUGGACACCAACUCUAAAUCUGUACCGCCACGACUGUUUAACGCCGACUUCCCGGGUCACGGCUUCUCCCCCGACAUGAAGCUGGAGGCGGUGGAUCUGAUGGAGCCGCGGCUGCUCUGCGUGGCGACGGUGAAGCGCUGCGUCGGACGCCUGCUGCUCAUACACUUCGACGGCUGGGAGGACGAGUUCGACCAGUGGUUCGACCACCAGUCGCCCGACAUCUACCCGGUAGGCUGGUGCGACCUCAUGGACUAUCCCCUGCAGCCGCCCCCAGGACUCGUUCUAUACGACCCUGCGGCACAGAACAAGAAACAAAAGGGGAAAAGAAGAAAGAGGAAUGGGAAGAAGAGGGUCUCUCAGGAACUCACUGAAGCUGAAGAAGACGAUGUUCAGCAUCCGGACGACGUCUCCACCGACACUCCUCCAGAGCCGGAAAACCUCCGUCUUCCUCCCAAAGUUCCUCUCGUCCUGCCCAAAACUGAGCCGGAGGAGCGGGACAUCUCUGCGGUGCAGGUGAAAGUGGAGGAGGUGGAGGAGGAGAUGGAGACUCCUAAAGCGACUCUGGAUAGAAUCAAAAAGGAGUUGGGUGGAGAGAGAAAGUCGGGACAGCAACAGGAAACAGAGGCGAGCAGCAUGGAAGAAACAUCGCAUGAAACUACAACAGGAAGAAGUGAAGAGUUUGGAUCAUUUGGAGAGAGCUUCAGUGGGGAAAGCAACAUGGAGGAAGAGAGCAACAUGGAGGAAGAGAGCAACACGGAGCAGGACACAACGGGAGAGGCUGCAGGGAUGGAGACAUGAGAUGCUUGAAGAAGGUGGACGAGAGAAGGCUAUUUUAUGGAGUGAAAAAGACGAUUAAGUUGAAGAAAAACUGGCAAAACGAGACUCGAGGAAAUGUAAAACCAAUAGAGAGCCAAUGCUACUCUGACUCUCGUAAGAUUGAAAGUUGUUAAAGGGAUGGUUGGAUGUUUCAAAGUGGGGUUAUAUGAUCUACCUAUCCAUGGUCGGUGUAUUACCAACAGAAGGACCAGCAGGAAGAUAAGAGUCGUACUUAAGACCCCUAAAACAUCAUUAUCUGUUAAGGAUAAUGCUAUAUUUUGAGUAUUUUCACCACUUUUCCUUGCCGUCAAUAGUCCUUUUUUCCUACAGGGAAUUGAACCCGUUUAAUUUGCUCAGACUCCAUUAACAAUAACACUUCUUUACCUCUUGAAACACAGGAUUUGCUGCUUCGAUCUGUUUGCUUUUGUGUUAUUGUGUCGAUUCUUUAACACUUUAAAACCCCAAAAAGUCACACAAUAACACAAAGAAACUAACAAUACUGGACUCCAAAACUACCAAAAAAACCUCAAAUAUGAAGAUAUUAUUGAAUGGGAAGAUAUUAACAAUAAAAAGUAUUAAAAACUUGAUUUGAUUUCACGAUAAUCUUGGGGGUCAUACCUUAAAUACUUCACAUAGAGCUGCAACGAUUAGUCCACUGGGUCAAUGGACAGAAAGCUAGAUAUAAUGUGUUUUGUCUCUCGAAUACAUAUCCUGCUUUUUUCUGAUAUGACAUUAAAGUGACUGUUUGGUGUUAGGGAUUGACAAACAACACUUUAACAGACAUCACCUUGGAUUUUGAGAAGCUAAGAUGGACAUUUUUCACUUUUUUUCUGACAUUUUAUUGACAAAAUCAGCGAAUUGAGAAAGUGUGCAGGUUAAUUGAUAACGGAAAUGGUUGUGAGAUGCCUACCAUACUUUAUAUAUGUUAAAAACACGACUUUCAGAAAGACCCGCUUUGCCAAAACUACCUCACUUUCUCCAUGUUAGCAUAUUUGACUACACAAUAACAUUUAACAUAUGAUUUACAAGCUGUAAACAUGAAUCUGAAGAUCAUUAGUUCACAUAGACACAUGGUUUAUUUUUGUCCUGUUUUAUUCACAGAGGUGUUUUUUCUGUUCGUUGUAAAUAUAGAAUAAUUGAUUAUAAAGGAAAAUGUUCUUUGGUUUGGAUGCUUGUAGUUCUGUUCAUUCUGCAGGUGUGUAUAGUGGUUAAGGAAAACGAUGUUUCUCAUUCACUUGACUUGCCUUAAAGAUGUUAAAACCUUGUAUUAAAGGUCCCAUGUCAUGGCCA